UCAUCUUGGACCUCUUGGACAAACUACAAACCCUCCCUUCUUUCUCUUCCCUUCCUUUCACCGCAUUCUAUACAUACCCUCUGAGUCUUACCCUCUCUAUUAUUUUCCCUUUCUCUCUUCACUAUUGCGCACACGCAAAUCCUAAUCUACUUUCUACCAAUUCAUUUGCGUUCCAACAAUGGGUUACGAAGACGAUCCGUACCGCGACGAGGACGGUGAGCCUUUGAUGGACUAUGACGACGUUCAAUCCGACCGUGAGCCCUCUCCGGAGCCGCAGCACCAGCUCGACGAUUUGGAGGAGGACGUUGACGAGUGGCGCGGCCGCGAUCGGUCGCAGACGCCGGUGUAUGAUAACGAGGCGUCGCGGUCGAAGCCGAGGAAGAGGCUGAUCAAGAAGAGCGACGCCGGGAAGCAGGCGGUGGCGCCGGAGCUGGAGGACGAGGACGAGGAGGGGUAUGUGCCGGUGAGCGUGGAGGAGGGAGAGGGGAGGAAGAGGAAGAAGGGGAAGGAGGGUGGGAGUGGGAAGAAGGAGAAGAGGAUGAAGGGGGAGAAGAGGUUUGGGAGCGGUGGCGCUGGGAAGGGUGGGUCCAAAUUUGGGGGUUCCAAGAAAGGUUUUGGUGGGAAGGCGGGGAAGGAUCAUGAUGGUGAGGUUAAGGAGAUGUGGGAUACGAUUGCUGGGGGAGAUUCUGAGGAUGAUCAGGAGGGUGUCAGGAAUAUGGAUGAUGACAACUUUAUAGAUGACACCGGAGUGGAACAUGGUUAUUAUGCUAGUGAUAAUGAACCACGGUCCCCUGGUGAUGCUCCCCAGGCUGAGGAAGGUGAAGAGGAUGAAGAAAUUAAGGAUCUUUUCAAGAUAGGCAAGAAAAAGAAGAAGAAUGAGAGAAGCCCUGCUGAAAUAGCUUUACUAGUUGAGAAUGUCAUGGCUGAGCUUGAGGUUACAGCUGAGGAAGAUGCUGAGCUUAAUAGACAGGGGAAGCCUGCCAUUAAUAAACUCAAGAAGUUGCCUCUUCUUACGGAAGUUCUCUCAAAGAAACAGCUUCAGCUAGAGUUUUUAGAUCAUGGAGUGCUAACUUUAUUGAAGAAUUGGCUUGAGCCACUUCCUGAUGGAAGCUUGCCAAAUAUCAAUAUACGCACAGAAAUUUUGAAGAUUUUGAACGAUUUUCCUAUAGACCUAGAGCAGUAUGAUAGAAGAGAACAGCUGAAGAAGAGUGGUCUUGGAAAGGUAAUUAUGUUUUUAUCAAAGUCCGAUGAAGAAAUCAAUGUAAAUAGGAAACUAGCCAAGGAGCUGGUUGAUAAGUGGAGCCGGCCUAUAUUUAAUAAGAGUACUCGGUUUGAAGACAUGAGGAGUAUGGAAGAUGAUAGGGCUCCUUUUAGGAGGCCAUCAGUUAAAAAGCCAACAAAUAAAGCUGCUGGAAUGGAAUCUAGAGAUAGCGAUCUUGAUUUGGAACUUUCACAGCCUAGGGCUGGACAGUCCUCUUCCAGGCAGCAUGCAUCAAGGCCAGAAGCAACACCUUUGGAUUUUGUGAUCCGUCCCCAAUCUAAAAUUGAUCCAGAAGAAAUCAGAGCACGAGCAAAACAAGCUGCCCAAGAUCAGCAGCGUAUGAAGAUGAAUAAGAAAUUACAGCAAUUGAGGGCACCAAAAAAGAGACAGCUUCAGGCUACAAAAUUGAGUGUGGAAGGUCGUGGUAUGGUCAAGUAUUUAUAAAUGAGAGCACGGUGAUACUGGAUGGAUUUAUUUGUCCUGCUGCAAGCUUUAAUAUAAUGUGCUGCCUUCAUGUGCAUUCUUUCAAGGGUGGAUCGAUGAGCUUCCUUGUUGGCCUAUAAGUUCAGUGCUCUUAAUUGAAAUUUUAUUGGGAGGGAUGUCAUAAAAUUAGAUCCCUAUUAUUCUGCAUUCCUUAGUGCAGCAGAAAAUUCAAAAUACAUUGGAUGGUUAUGCAUUCGUAUAUUAUUUCUUUCUGUUGAAUAAUCAAGCUUUUGUUUGUCGUCAAUUUUAAUGAAAAUGUGGAUUCUGCAUUUC